CAGCUACCUAGCUCAUGGUAUCUUAUUCUACUGACUUCUAAUAUUCAUAUAAAUAAGACCAACCAUAACUCAUUUCUCUUCAUCAAUCAACAACCUCACUUUCUUAUUUACCAAACUAAACAUCUCUAGCUACAUCUUAAUUUGUUAUCCAAAAAUUAACUUUGAUAUACACAUCAUCAUCAAUCAUCAUGAGUCGUGCAACAACAUUAAGCAAAGGUUGGAUGGUGGCUGCCAGUGUUGGAGCUGUUGAGGCUUUGAAGGAUCAAGUUGGUAUCUGCAGAUGGAAUUAUGCUUUAAGACAAGCUCAUCAGCACCUUAAAAACCGUGUUAGAACUUUUUCUCAAGCAAAGAAUUUCUCAUCUUCUUCACUUGUUGUUAGCAAAUUUAAAGAUGAGAAGAAGGCAAAACAGGCUGAGGAGUCUUUGAGGACUGUCAUGUAUUUGAGCUGCUGGGGUCCCAAUUGAUUCAUUUCUAAAUUAUAUUAGUAUUACAUAGUGAUGAUAGAUUAGAUUAAUUAUGUAAAGUUUGUAAUGGAAUAUUAUUGCAAUAGUACUAUUCAAUGAAAAAAGUUUCUUCUUAAUUCA